GAAGAAGUUGUCAGCAUUACAUUUAGAAACGGACAAUUUGAUUGGCCUAUAGAAAGCAAUCAUCCAAUCAAAUCAUGGCUUACUUAAAUUCAUUAACCAAUAUGGCUGCCAUCAUCCCAGCCAGGAAGUGUUUGCUACAAAUAUCCAUUCCACAGUUGGCAACAAGAGGACUGCAGACAUCAUUUGUUCUCUGCAGAAAACAUAGGCGUGCUGGAAUAUACAAAGUUUCAAAGAAUCAAAGUAUUCCACUUACAUAUGAACAAGCCAAACCACCUUAUGCAAUAGGAGUUGAUAAAUCAUGGUUGACCUGGAACACAAGUAACUUAAAGGGCGAAGGAAGAAAAAGUGAGACCACUGUGGAAGAUGUAUUUAUCCGAAAUUUUAUGCAUGGUACAUGGACAGGUAAACUCGCAUCAGAAGUUGUCAUCAAACGUCGACACAACAUGAUCUUUCUGGGAGCUUAUAUUAAUUUUGGAACCAAGUCAUUGCCGGGUGCACUAAGGAUUUACUUUCUAAUAGGCUAUACAGAAGAACUAUUGUCUUGUUUAUUAAAGUGCCCAGUAAAGUUAGAAUUACAGACUUUAGACUCUGAUAGGGAUCUGAUAUUCAAGUAUGUUUAGUGCUACUGUCAGAAUGGAAUAAAUCCAUUUUUCAUGUCUUUCUGGCUUUAAUAAAUAUUAACUCACUAUGA